CGGUGGGGGAGCCGGGGGCCGGGGCGUUGAAGUGGGCGGGCAGGACAGUGGUGAAGUCCCAGGUCGUCGCGAUCCGAUCCACAAAGUCCACCAACGCGUCUGGAAUUUUGGAGUAGACGAAGGUUUCGAUCACUGGGGAGACCAGCAGGCGACGCUGAACAAGCUUGAAGGUGGAGAACCGCGUGGGCCCGAGGAAGAGGAUCUGGAGGGCCAUGCGCGCCCAGCCUUUGCGCCGGUUCGCCGGGGUGUCAGGGGGAAGCGGGGCGCCGGGGGGGACCGCGUCCGGGUCAUCCCAGGAGGCUUUGAGGA